CUCUCUCCCGCAGGUCGUUUGCUAACGAGCAGACGCAGGUGUGCAAACACCGUCGCCGGAGUCACGUUAUGAGUGAAGGAGGACAGCCGUCGUCCCGUCCCGGCCUGUUUUGGAUUAUGUAAUGAAAGUCGGCGCCCGUCCUGGUAGGUGAAAACACCCAGUUUAUAUUACCCUAUAUUACCCUACCUGGGAUGUCAUACCCUUUUAGGAGUGACGAACAGUCCCAGGAUGAGGAGAGGUUUCGGGGUGGCGUUGCUCUUCCUGCUCUUGCUGCUGUCUGCAGAGUCCAACAGCACGUCUCCACCAGGGAAACCAGUCCUGCUCGGAUGCAGGUCCCCUGACAAGGAGACGUUCACCUGCUGGUGGGAGCCGGGAACCGACGGAGGGCUGCCCACCACGCACCGCCUGCACUACGAGAGAGAAAGGUUGGAGGGAACGCACGAGUGUCCGGACUAUCGGUCGGCAGGAAGAAACUCGUGUUUCUUUGAUAAGGAACACACCUCCAUCUGGGUCGACUACUUCCUGACGGUGACGGCGUGCAACGCUCUCGGGAACGCCUCCUCAGAGCCGUACAAGAUGGACGUGAUGGAAAUUGUGAAGCCCGACGCUCUGGACAACGUGACGCUGCUGGUGGAGAAGAGCGACGACAGCCCUCUACUUCACAUCAGAUGGGAGCCGCCCUCCAACACGGACAUCAAGUCCGGCUGGGUCACCGUGAAAUAUGAGCUAAGAGUUCGACAAGACACCGGCAACAAGUGGGCAGAGUACACGUCAGGUACACAAACUCAUUUCAGCCUGUAUAGCAUCGUUCCUGGGAGCGUGUACACGGUUCAGGUGCGCUGCAGACUCGACCACGGCUCCUGGAGUGAGUGGAGCAACUCCACCUGUGUGGAAAUCCCUAACUAUCAUCACAAGGAGGCAGGAUUUUGGUUAAUGGUUUCCAUCCUCUCUGCAAUUCCAUUCAUAACGGCGGUGUCCAUCUUGGUAGUGAAGAGGAAAUCUGUGAAGCAGUGGGUUCUGCCCCCCGUUCCUGGGCCAAAGAUAAGGGACAUUGACGCUCAACUUCUCAAUAGAGGGGGAUCCGAAGCGGUCGACAAUGUCCUGCUGGUCAUGCACAGCUUUCAUUCAAUCAGAGCCUGGAAGGAACCAAUGGAGGAGUACCUGAUUGUGACGGAGAAUGACGACAAUCCGCCCUCCAGUUUGCAAAAGAGGAACAAAAGCUUUCUUAUCCUCGCUGGCUUCAAUUUGGACCACGAAAAGUUGUACUCUGAGGACACAACGGAAAGCCAGCGCGAGCGGGAAACGGAUGACGAAAGAACUGCUGAAACGGAUCACUCUGCGGUAGACGGCGCCGUCGAACCCUUCACAAACAGCAGCUACGUGGACGUCCAGAGACACGUGGAAGCCGCGCAGGCGCGGGACGAGGAACCGGUGGACUACAGCAAACUGAAAGAGGUGAAUGGAGAACAUCUUCUCAUCAGCAAGACGGAGAACGUUUCGCUGGGGAGCUCUGGCUACGUUGCCGUGAAGUUACAAGGUCACCUAGAGGAGGACUACAGCCGGGUGCAGGAGGUGGACGGGGACAACGUGGUCACCCUGCAGACUCAAACCGCAGCGGUGGACGCUUUGGGUAGAGCGAAGGGAAACCACUACGCAGAGUGUCCCCUCCAGAAGACGGGAAAGGCCGUCAUGUGCGCAGACCUCGUCCAAAGCGGAUACGUGGACACCACCCGUUUCGUACACAUUUAGCGCAGACGGAUGGCGAUCGCUUGGCUCGUGCCGUGCCUUUUCUUCCAGCUCCGCCGCGGCGCUGACCUUUUUUUCGUAGGGAACAUUUGACACAAACGUCCACCGCGACUCGAGGAUGAUCCAGUUUAAUUUUGGCGGUCGAGGUGAGGUGGUCGUGAGGUGGCCGUCCCAUCCUCGGAACGCCACAACUCAGGAGCCUCUGGACCUCUCAGGAAUCCUUUUUAAAGAAAGCCGGCACGGACGUCCGUUAGGUGGUCACAUCCACAAAAUGAAUGUCUGAUAAAACGAGACAAACGUUUGGGAGCGAUAUGGAUGUAGACCAGGGGUCUUCAACGUUUUUCAGGCCAAGGACCCCCAAACUGAUGGCGAGAUGGAGCAGGGACCCCCUAUUCUA